AGAAAGAAAAACGCUGUAAGAAGAUAAAUGUGACGAUUAUACAUAGCUUUCAAAUGUGUUUUAAUAGGCUACUAAUGAUAUUGAAAACAAUAAAAGUAUACAAUAAAUAAAUAAAAUAAAGGGAGAAAAGUGUUUUUUAAAGCAAUUAUUACAAACAGGCAGUUUCUAGGCUCACCCCGCUAACCUGUGAGGACCCUGAACUAGCAUGCCUGUCUUUCAACAUUAGCUCACAGGCUAACUAGAUAUACAGCAUCUUUGCCAACAGUCAGCUCAGGCAGACAGUAAAUAAAUAGAGAUAAAAUGUCAGACGUCAAAGUGAAGAAGGAGACGAAUGCUUUAGACCCCACGGAGGUCGAGAACAGGAUCAAAGAUCUUUGUCAGCAGUUUCCUCAUGGUAUCACAGACCAGGUGAUUCAGAACGACAUGCCUCAUCUGGAGCCUCAGCAGAGAGCCAUGGCCAUCAACAAGCUGCUGUCAUUGGGUCAGCUGGACCUGUUGAGGAACAGUUCAGGUCUCCUGUACAGGAUGAAGGAUGUGCAGAGCGCCAGUAAAAUGAAAGGCUCUGAUAACCAGGAGAAGCUCGUGUAUCAGGUGAUCGAGGACGCAGGAAACAAAGGGAUCUGGAGCAGAGAUAUCCGCUUUAAGAGCAACCUUCCUCUGACUGAAGUCAACAAGAUCCUGAAGAACCUGGAGAGCAAGAAACUCAUCAAAGCCGUAAAAUCCGUGGCUGCUUCCAAGAAGAAGGUGUAUAUGCUGUACAACCUGCAGCCCGACCGCUCGGUGACAGGCGGCGCCUGGUACAGCGACCAGGACUUUGAGUCCGAGUUUGUCGAAGUUCUCAACCAGCAAUGCUUCAAGUUCCUGCAGAGCAAGGCUGAAGUGGCGAAGGACAGUAAGCAGAGCCCGAUGGUCCAGAGGAACAGCUCCUUCUCCACCUCGCAUGAAGUCUGGAAGUACAUCUGUGAACUGGGGAUCAGCAAGGUGGAUCUGUCCAUGGACGACAUCGAGACCAUCCUCAACACGCUCAUCUACGACGGGAAGGUGGAGAUGACUGUCAUUGCCGCCAAGGAGGGAACAGUGGGCAGCGUGGACGGACAGAUGAAACUGUACCGCGGCGUCAACCCCGUCAUCCAACCCACGGGCCUCGUCAGGACGCCCUGCGGACUCUGCCCGGUGUUUGACGACUGUCACGAGGGCGGAGAAAUCUCUCCGUCUAACUGCAUCUACAUGAUGGAGUGGUUGGACUUCUGACGCUGCUCGUGUCUUUCUCUGCUCUUUUCUCUGUGAGGAAAUCUUUAGUUUAUGUUCCCAGCGAUCUUUGAUCCACAACAUUUAUUUUCUAUUUAUCGCAAAGUUUAAUAAAGCUACAAUUGUGAA